AUAAUAUAUACAAUAUAGUUUUAGGUAGCAAAACAAAAGGUAUAUUAUCUAGCUACUGAGAACUUGGAGAUGAAAGAUAUGAAUGCUGAGUUGCAGAAGAUGUUGGAUGUCAAAAUGGACAAUGUUAAACAAAGAAGGCUUGCAAGAGAUGCAUUUAAGAAUAUUCAGCUACAAAUUGAUCAUUGCUUAAUGAAGAUACCCUUUGAAGGAGUGAAGAUAGAAGAGUCAUAUGAAGUCAAUUCUAGAGGAAUAGAAAUAUUUUCAAAAAGCUGGCUGCCGGAAAAAUCACCCCCCAAGGCAUUGGUUUGCUACUGCCAUGGUUAUGGCGAAACAUGCACUUUUGUAUUUGAAGGAGUGGCAAGAAAGUUAGCAUCAAGUGGGUACGGAGUGUUUGCAAUGGAUUAUCCUGGUUUUGGCCUUUCUGAAGGUCUUCAUGGCUAUAUUCCAAGCCUUGAUAAUCUUGUCAAUGAUGUUGCUCAACAUUACUCCAAAAUCAAAGAGAACCCCGAGUACCAUGGACUACGAAGCUACCUGUUUGGGCAGUCUUUAGGCGGAGCAGUGGCCCUGAAGGUGCAUUUAAGCCAACCAUAUGCUUGGGACGGUGCCGUUCUUGUUGCACCAAUGUGCAAAUUUGCAGAUAAUAUGAUUCCACCGUGGAUACUCCUGCAAAUCCUAAUCUGCAUAGCUCAUCUUUUCCCCAAACUCAAAAUUGUUCCCCACAGAGAUUUUGUUAAGAUGGCUUUCAGAGAUCUCAAAAAACAAAAACUGGCAGAAUAUAAUGUAAUUGCUUAUAAGGACACAGCAAGGUUAUGGACAGCUUUAGAGUGUCUGAGAACAACGCAAGAACUAGGCCAGAGAUUACACGAGGUUUGUCUGCCAUUGUUGAUCCUGCAUGGAGAAGCUGAUGUUGUAACAGACCCGUCGGUGAGUCGGGCUCUGUACGAGAAAGCGAGUAGUUCAGACAAGAAGUUUAAGCUUUACAAAGAUGCUUAUCAUUCUCUUCUUGAAGGCGAACCAGAUGAUGUGAUUUUUCAGGUUCUUGAUGAUAUUAUUUGUUGGCUUGAUCAUCACUGCAACUAAGUUGUUCAAUAGUUUCUGAUGCUGUACCAUUGUACAAAUAAUCUGAUAUUACAUUGCAAAAUGUCUAUGAAGAAAAUAAAAAAAUUCGGACCAUUUCUCAA